AUGGCCAGAAUGAGUGAUAAGCCAGCUGCUACAAAAGAUAAAUCCAAAUGGUGUGCCUAUCAUGAAGAUUUCAGUCAUCUCACUGAUGAAUGCAUAGCACUCAGGAAAGAGAUUGGUUACCUGUUAAGCAAAGGACAUUUGAAGGAGCUAUUUGGAAGAAAAAAGUCAAGGAUCCAGGAUCCUGAAAAGAUUCCAGAAAGAGCUCCUGCUCCUCCAGCUGAUACACAAAUUAUCAACUUCAUUUCUGGUGGAUCAGACAUAUGUGGCACUUCCUUUUCAGCAGCCAAGAAGCAUGCUAAAGAGACAACGAUGGAGAAUGGGGAUAGGCCUAUUCGAACCUCAAUCCUUACUCAGGAUAAAGUCAUAUCCUUUGAUGAGGACGACAACGUUGAUAUUCAGGAUCCUCAUCAUGAUGGUUAUUCAAACCCAUACAUCAGAAGAGGAGAAAGUUUGCACCUGAGAGGAAUGCCAUCAUCCAAGAGGAGGUAG